AUGUCGCUUUCAAACGAUGCGCUCCUCGAGCUGGGAAAGCUUCGCCACGACCACACCCUCGCCGACUUCACCAUCGCAUCGAGCUCCGGAGAGGAAUGGAGGGUCCACAAGCUCAUCCUGCGCCUUCACUCAGACGUGCUGUAUCGCAUGAGCACUUCGGCUGAGUUCAUCGAAUGCCAACGAGGCCGCGUGGUGAUUCAAGAGGUCGACGAUCGGUGCAUUGAGGCAAUGGUGGACUUCUUCUAUGCCGGGGAGAGCAAGCUUUCUGUCGAGAGCGAAGAGAAGGGUCGAGUCGACAAGUACACCGACGAAGGCCUCAGAGAGUACCUCGGCCUGCGGCGCGACCUGUUCCAGCUCGCGCACAUGUACAACGUCAAAGCUAUUCAGGACGACGUGGUGCACUCGACGGCAUUCUGGCUUGGCCAGGCAGCGGAUCCGCACUUCGCUGUGCGGCUGGCGUCUACUAUGAUCGACGUUGAGGAUCUGCCAGAGGGCAUGUGGGAGGGGUUGAUCGACUACUGCGCGCGCCACAUGCGAGGCGAGGAGACUGAGCCGUAUGAUGUCGAAGGUAUGCUGGAGGUUUUUGAGAGGCGGCCACAGCUUGCUGUUGCUGUACUCAGGCGCAUCGCGGAGAAGAACGAGGCCGACAAGGAGGAUGAUGUCUGA